AUGGCGUUCUUGCUAUCACUUCUUCUACUCGAACAGGUGGCGGCGAGAGAUGUGUCAAUUUCCGUGGAUGCAUCAAACCUGCUAGGCGAUCUCAAUCAACCUGCGAGAUAUUUUGGUGCUGAUGAACCAAAUUAUGCGUACUAUCCUGAUGGUCAAGCCCUUCUGGCAGAGCUCGGCCAGCUUGGGCCGCAGCAGACAUACUUUCGUACCCACAAUUUGCUGACCACCUGCGACCCUCCCAACGACGUCUCAGCACGGCUCAAAUGGGGCUGCACCAAUGCGUACACGGAAGACGCCAAUGGCAACCCGAUAUACAACUGGACGAUCAUCGACCGCAUCUUUGAUACGUACCUAGAGCGAGGUGUCAAGCCAUACGCACAGAUAUCCUUCAUGCCAAAGGCUCUUGCCACUGAUCCGGACCCUUACACAUUCCUUUUCGAUCCGACAUCUUCGUAUAAUGUAAUCUAUACCGGCUGGAGCCAUGUGCCGACUUCGUGGCAGAAGUGGGGCGAGCUAGUGUACCAGUGGGUGAAGCAUGAAGUCGAGCUUCGUGGUGAAGACGAGGUCGCUGUGUUCAGCAGUCGUGCUGAUGAUCUUAAGCCCAAUAUUGGGUACUGGAAUGGGACCGAGACCCAAUACUUCGAGCUGUACGAUUAUGCCGUCGCCAAUGUCAGACGUGCUCUACCAACAGCCAGAGUGGGUGGUCCCGAAGUCGCGGGUGGUCCGGGCGGCCAGUUCCUGCCAUUGUUUCUGGAUCACACCAUCAAUGGCACGAACAACGCUACCGGUGGAACUGGCUCACAACUGGACUUUAUCUCUUUCCACGCAAAAGGGCUGCCGACAUACACCAACGCCACAGGCUCCGUACCAGGACACUUGUCCUUGAAUGUCAGUGCCAGCCUGAUGAAUGUUCGCGAUGCCUUUAGCGUCAUCUCUUCGUACCCAUCUCAGAAGAACAAGCCCGUCGUCAUUGGCGAGGAUGAUCCAGAUGGAUGUGCUGCAUGCGUCUCUGAUGCGUACGGUUACCGUAACAACCUCAUGUACCCGUCGUACACCGCCGUGGCGUUUUCUCGAGACAUUGACUUGGCGAAACGAUAUGGCAUCAACCUGGAGGGCACACUGACCUGGGCAUUCGAAUUCGAUGAUCAUCCAUAUUUUGACGGCUUCCGGGUACUAGCCACCAACCAGAUCGACAAGCCUAUCCUCAACGUCUUCAGGAUGUUUGGCAAGAUGACUGGUCAGCGUGUCGAUGCGAAUAGUACUGGCCAAAUCUCUCUCGACGCAAUACUCAGCGAUAGCGUGAGAGGCGAGCCGGAUGUAGGCGUGCUUGCAGCGCUGAACGAGACCGAGCACAGUUUGGCGAUCAUGGUAUGGAAUUACCAUGACGAUGAUCUGCCAAAGCCUGAUGCCGAUAUCACACUGGAUGUGAGGGGGCUGAGCCAACAGUGGCCUGGCUGCCAGUCGGCGCGCUUGACACACUAUCGCAUCGACAACAGCCACAGCAAUGCUUACACUAAGUGGCUCGAGUUGGGAGCACCUCAGAAUACCACGGCUGCGCAAGUUGCGGAGCUCAAGGCCGCUGGUAUGCUGGGGACCCUUGGCAAGCCGACGAAUGUACAGUUGAGUGAUGGUAAGGCGGAGUUGGAGUUCUCUUUGCCGAUACAUGGUAUCUCGCUGCUGGUGCUGGAGCAGCAAUGA